CGAAAUAACUCUAUUAUCGAUACCGCUAGGGUAUUGAUCAGACUAGACUCUUUAAAAAUCUGUCUUGAAACAGCUAAUAAAAUGAAUAAUUUCGACGAAUCGGAUAUGGUUUACUGCCCGUACAACAAGGAACACAAAAUGCUGCGCAAGAAACUCCAGCAGCACAUCCUGAAAUGCCGUGUGAUCUACAAAGACACGGUGGAACUGAUGGUUUGUCCUUUUAACAAGACGCAUUUAAUACCAGAGCCCGAGUUCUUUCAACACACAAAAGCGUGCGAAGAUCGAAAGAUUAUAGUGGAUUACCAGACGAAUGGGUCUGCUGAAUUGAACGAAGACACCAAACAUGCAAAGAUCGAGUGCGAAGAAAACUGGGACGACGAUAACGAUCCUGUCUAUGAUCCACAGACCUAUUGUUCCACUGCAAAUAUAGUGAGAGAGCCCUGUGGAUUGUUUCCCUCACAGCGAAAGGCUUUUAUCAAGGAGGAGAACCGUCGUCACUUUGGCGAGGAUUACAAGGAGGAGAAGAGGCCACCAAAGGCUAAGAACCGCGUUGAUACUCGUUUCGAUCCCUACGAGUGCAGGAGCCUUUACUCAAGGCGUCAAUAAGUAAAAUCUUCCUAAUCCCAAAUAGCGAAAUCCAAAGCAUUUUAUUGAGCCUUAAAAAUGAAAGGCCAGAUUUCUGAACAAUAAGAAAUAAGUAUAGGGCAAUUUACGAUAAUAUUCCGAAAACUAGAAUAUGCACAUAGAUUGCAUUAAAGCCAUCAAUGUCUAAAACCAAAAACCAAAAAUAUGUAUGAAAAAGUGUGCCUUCAACCUUUAAAAACUUAUAAACCUAACAUAAUUUCAUUUUCAUUUCUCGUUUCUUAAAUAUAUCCUUCAAAUUUUCAUAUGUUCUAUUAGGGUCUACACAAAAGUGCCUAAGAUGUAAAACAAAUAUUUCUCUACAUUGAAAACAUAAGUGAAUACUCUGAAAAUAUAUUUCGUACUUAAAAAAAGAAUUAUGUAUAUGGAUGCUUUAAUAAAAUAAACAAUUUCUAUAA